AGGAGAGCUAGAGCUAGCGGUCGGAAACCGUAUUCUAGCCCCCUUAUGCGUGAGAACGAUUGAAAUCUAGGCAAGAGGUUCAAGCAAAAAGAAGCAGCAAUGUCCUCUCCCCGUCCCGUUUCCUCCGCCUCCGGCAGAGGCAUCAAGACGGGCAUCACGGUAAACAAAGCCUCGAGCCAGCGUAUCGUUCGUGAACUUCACAUUGGUCGUGUGCGAACUUGUAUUGCAUAGAUGGACCAGCAUGCAACCGUCGAGACAAUUCGCAAACUUGCAUGCAAUUAUGAAUACAAAGUGGAACUCAAAUCUGCAAUACAAACUCCAGGCGAUGAAAAAGGUUUUUCCCACUGCAUACACGACCAACCCCAGCAGCUUGUCGAAGUUCCGUUCCACGUGACCGCGUUGGCCUCGCCGAAAGUCAAUGGUCGCGCACUCGGCUCCCCUCGUGUUGGGGAUGCCAACCUUGCGUUCACGCAUGAAAAACUUCCUUCGGUCGCCAACAUCCCAAGCAGUUCGAGUUCGUCUUCUAGUUCGAGUAUCGUACAGGAAAAUUGUUUGUUUACAAUGUUUGUCAUGCCGAGAAUACAAUCCGCACAAGGGCGGUAUUUCAUGAUAAGGGUUCCAAAGCAUGCAAAACAGAUUUGUUGGAUACUUUCUAAACGAGCUAAACACCCAAGCAAUUUUCUGUGCGAUACAAACCUCCGUCAACAUCCGAUUCGAGGAACUGUCCGAGGAGAUGCGGUCGAUCGCUACGAGAGAAGGAAACUGGCUGUGAGUAGCUAGGAUUCAUCACCUUGCAUUUUUAAUGCUGUCCUCUUAACAAACUUACGCAUCGCAAUGAAGAGCAGUACAUUCAUUUGUCCUUCCACUCACACUCUUUUUUCGUUUCAUACCGUCCGGCAUCAACGUGAGCGUGACCAAGCCGAGCACGGCGCCUGCAAUAGGAAGUAGUUGUAGUUCAACCACGUCAACUCCUGCGCCCGCCGGAAAUAACCAGCACUUAACCCGUCGCUCCUCCCUCGGUGUCAGCAAGUCUCUCGGGGUAACGAAUCAUUUUGCACCGCUUCCGGGUGCUGGUGGGACUUCACCCCUUAGCGGUGGUCAACAUCAAAACCAUGCGGCGUUCAGCAUGACAAACUACGGGUUAAACAACAGCAACAAAAUCAUCCACGGUCCUCCAACCGCGGCGCAACCGCCCGCCCCAGACGAGUACGAGUUCCAUUUCACGACAAGUCACCCUAGUAACGUGGAGAUGCUGGACUUCCGGGACCAAAUGGCGAAAAAAUCCUCCGCUUCUUCAGACCACCAAGACGUUGUUGUCACGCGGUUCCCGAAGGACCGGCAGAAACUGAACAAAGUUGGUAUCGGGAAUGAAAGCCGGGAACAGCACGUGAUCUUGACCCAGAACGCUCCGUUGUUGUCGCCGACGUUCGGUCUGUUAGGAGGAGUUACAACAACGCCGAUGCAGCAACAGAACCCGAACGGCGGACUUUCCGUCGUGGAUGGAGUGGAUCCUGGUAGUAAUCCAAACUUGCCUUUAGUGUGGACCGCCAACCCGGCGACCGCUCAUCUGUUCCAGAGCCCACCGACGUCUUUAGCGCCGGUCUCGCCGAUAGUUGCUCCGUCUUCUGUAGCGUCAAUUGGUUGUCCGAGCACGCAGGAGAAUGAAUUGCAGGGCCAGCAGCUCGAGGGUGGGGACGCAGAAGCUGCGGACGGAACAAGGGACAAAGCUGCUUCUACGGUUGGAGCGAACUUGUUCAACGCCGCAAACGAUCAGUCCUCCACGGCAAGAACGGGAACAGCGCAGCAGCUUUCCGCGCAGGCACAACAGCUCACGCAGGAUGUGCAAAACAUCACGGAAAACUUGAAGCAGCAGGUGUUGGAGAAAGAGAACAACCAGAACACCACAAUACCAGGAAGCAUGACAAAUAACCCACCUAUCUUCAACCCCAACGCCAGCCUGGUCCGCGGUACCGUGAGUGGGAACUUGGUUCCGCGGGGGACGUUGGCGGACCCGUUUGGCGUGAACAAAACCGCGAAUCAGCCGAGGGAUUAUGUUCCUCUCCCGACGUUGGAGGUGGAAACCUUACCGGAUUUCCAGUUCCCCUUGACGAUGGGAAACAAGAAAGUGCACAACACAACCAGCGGUGCGCAAGAAGAGGAUGCAGGCACUGUCCCUACCGGGAAAAAGACCGGUGGUGCAGUACCUGCUCGGCAGCGGGGUACGAAAAGCCGGCAGAACAACUUCGGCAAGGAUGAGUGGAUUGACAACUGGAAAAUCAACAUUUCACGAGUGAGGAACAAUCACGGAACUUCUGCAGGAGGAGCAGCAGCCUCUUCCUCGUCCAAAGCUGCGACUGGUGGAACGGCGGCGAAAAGUGGUGGGACGGCAGCAGGAACGGUAAACAGCCUCCGCCGACCAAGAACCACGCCUGGCGGAGGCGGGGGGUUGAAUAAAGUCGCAGGAGCAUCUUCUUCCUCUUCAGCUGCGGGAGGAAAUACAUCAGCGGCAAAAACGACCACUUCUAAAAGUAAGUCCAUCAUCCCCCAAACUGUCAUUUCCCUUGCGUCUGAUGACACGAAAGAAGUCCUCUCUUCCAUGUGCCGAGUUGUUUCCCGUCCGGCCAGCAGACAGGUCCAGAGGCAGAUCGUGAAGCUGGAGGAGGAUUCCCAUGUCUUACCGCAGCAACCACACCUUCACUCCACCGAGGCGGAAAAAAGACACAACGAAGAAGAGGAAAAUUCCGCGAGUUACAGUGUGGGAGCUGCUGCGAUUUCCCCCAUCGAAGGGUUUGUCGUAGGACAGGGAUUGUCGUUGUUAGGAACCGGAGGACGCGGUAACGCGCACCACUACACCCAGCAUCCGCACAACCGGGAACAAUUUGUGCACCACUUACUCCAGCAAAAUGCGAGUCCCACCGGCGUGGAGAACUACUCGGUUAGUGUGAACACUGGGGCAGCGAACAGCCCGGUAGGUCUUGUUGCGCCCGGGGUUCUUGCAGUCUCAUCUUCCUCUUCAGGUUUGGACGAGUCCUUGCCACCUGCGCGGUCACCGCCAAUGGAUCAAGCAGCAAACGUCCCCUCACGACGGCCACAAUCCCAGCCCGCUCCUCCUGGAGGGGAACAAAACGCCACAGGGACGACGAACAGAUCUCCAGGCGGCACUGUGAAGAAAACUUUAUCCCGCCCGGGGUCGCCGCCGCGGUUGGAUUUGGAGAAGGUGACAAGGACAAUUGAUUUGAAGGAGAAUUUUCCACAGCCUGCUGCAGGUCCAUCUAAGGGAGCCGCACAGCACGCGGAAAUCUUCUCGUCUAGUGGAACAGGAGGUCCUGGUCCGGAAACCGAGGGAGCACAAAUUUGUUUUGAACAAAACGUGCUGCGCCGUGAGUUUGAACCGAAAGAGGUGAAACCUGAAGUGGAUUUGUUGCAGAAUUCAUCAGCAGCAGUACCCCCUAUGCAGGGCGGUGAUUCCAACGUCGGCCUGGACUUCACCACCCCGACCGAGACCGAGACGGAGAUUGCGGCUCAUCUUCCACGGAUUGGAUCAAAUACAGGCAAAAAUCCAGAGGGAAAUGGCACUCCACCCGAUAUACCAGGCACAACCACGCCGCUUCUCCCCGGGUCCUCGAGGAGUACACCAUCGGAGGAUCCAGUUGCGCUAUCUUUGCAGCAACAGCAGUUUCAACACCGAAAACCUGACCACGGGCUGCACGAUAAUAUCGAGAACAAUCCUCUUCAAACGACCGAAAGCCAGGACCACAAUAAGCUCUCCCAGCACAACUUUUCCCACCUGUCCAUCACAACAGAUCAGGACGAGCAGCCAAGGAUUGUGGAAGAAAACUCAAUGAUCACGGAGCCGGUUUUACUCACUGAAGAUGACAACGAAGACAUGCACUCGGGGAGCAGUUUCAACACAUCGCAGAGAGUGAGAACCACGACGGGGAACAAUCAUAACCCUCUCCUCUCCAACCUGGCGACCAACACAUUGGAGAAGACCGUCGAUGACGUCAUCGCCGCGAUUCAGGCGCAAGAUAGUAAUUUGUUCGAAAAUUCUGUCGAGCAGGAUUGGGAGCAUGUGUUGGACAACAAUGCGAAUCCAAAUCAUGAUUUCUCCCAGCAGAAAAACACACACAUCACGACCCGAUCGCUAUUAGACGAGUCUUUGGAAGAGUUCAGUCACGACGAGGAAAAUUUUUCCAGCAUUCUCCACUCCGUCCAAAAUGCGUCGAAAAGUAGCAGUAAGCCGAAAAAUAACUUGUCGUUGAAACCACCAAGAGUGGUAACAGUUACGACCAGUAACGUGAAAAGGUACCACGCGGUGAGCCGACUCCCGGGGUGGGGAGGGGAGGACGGGACCAGUAUGGUGCGGGAUGAGUCGCUCAGUUCAAACACGGGGUCCGAUGGGACGGUUGGAGGAGGCGAGAACGCAAACAAGAACAGCACGACUUCCGUCAUCCUCGGAACAGCUGCAGAAUCAACAACAGGCGGACCACAAUAUCAGCAGCAACAGGUCCUAAAACCCGGACAGGAAAAAACGCUCGUGCCGCUCGAGUGUCAGAUUAUUUCGGAGAAAUUGCUAUCCGAUCACAGCUUGUUCUCCAACGCCAUUGCGAGAAACAGCAACUACCGGAAGGACGGGAGUUUUAUUUCCCCGCCGCGUGGAGUUUCUCAGCAACAAUUUUUGCCACUCGUCGGUGUGGGGAGUCGGUCGGGGCUGCAGAGCCGGGGGAAAAAUAGGACGAGGAACAGUGUUAACCGAGGACCGGUGAACAAUCCUUCUGACAAAGCAGCAGCAGAGCAGGGUAGUGGUUUGAACCUGCGGGGGCAUAGUUCCUCUCGGAGCCCGAGACCGCGGAGUAUGCUCAACAGCAACCGGAAACAACCAAGUCCGCGAAUGUCGAACCGCACAAGCUUCCUCCACAGCAGCACCGGGACAAAUUUUGACUUGUUGAAGGACGAAAUCUCCGUGUAUGAACACCACGAGCAGGAUGAAGUUGCAGGCAGGGAUAAUUUCUUCGCAGAUAAUUUCAACGGCGCAGGAGCUACAACUUCGACAAACAAUAUUUCCGUCGAGCUUCACGGGGAGCAGCUGGAACAAGACGGGUGGAAAUUUGCGGGGUUCAAGGAGAAAAGAGCAGUUGUGAAGCGGACGAAUUCCUCCUCUAGUUCCAACUCCGCUUCUACGACGGUUGACGGUGUGAAUAGUAGUUCCGCCUCGGCCUCCGCCUCCGCUUCUGGCUCCCCGACGACCACCACAAUCGUGACAAACACCAUCUCUUCCCACAAUCACGUCCACCAGCCCCCUUUCGGCGUGCUCACCACAGUAACCACCUUCGAGCGGGAGAAGCAUAAUCCGAACGACCGAUCAGCGGUCUAUCAGCGGCUGUCGGAAGGAAGACCGUCUAGUAGUGGACAGGAAGACUCUUUGAACAACUCUCUAACCACGUCGAAAAGCCGGCGGAGUCGGUCGGCGUCGAGGUCACCACGGGAAUUGGUUGGAGUGGAAGGGGGUGGUGAGAUUGAUCCGGUGACGGGGCGGGUGUAUAAUAAUCAGGCGUAUCAUGGAGUUGUAAACAACAACAAACUCGACCCUAUCAAACCGUUGUACGGAACCGCAGCACUACAACAGCAGCAGCAGCAAAACCAAAAACUCCUCUCCCCGCCUUCUAACCCGUCCCUCCGGUCCCAACUUCUUCGGGACGAGCACGAGGAGCAGGGUAACAGGAUGCGCAUGCGGAAGAACGGAACCGUCGCAACCGGGAAAAAAUUGAGCACGCAGCUGGAAUCCUUAUCCCAGUCGCUGAUCUACGAUUUGGGGGAGAAUCACCUUCACUCUUUGUCCCUGAUCUCCAGCGAAGACUACGAGAAGGACCAUGCUCAUCUAGGGAGUGCCGGGGCUUUCAAUUGGAGCUACAAUUCCAUGACGGAUCCAAGUUUGAUGUUGGGGUCCGUGCACCGAGGGAGACUGGUACUGCUGCAUAGUUUUCGUGUCUUUAGUGUUUGUUGUGAUGCAGAAUCUGUACGAUCACGCAUUUUUUUUUCAUGCCUGUUCUCGACUACUUACAUUAGCAGCAUAAUCGCAACUUCAGUCAAUUUUUCUUCCUGAACAAAUCAGGACCAACACCCCCAUGGUAAUUCCCAGCACCGGCAUCUAACCCCGCCCCGGUCGAAAUGGAACCAGAAGCAGAAGGACAAGAAUCUCUUGCAAACAACGGAAUUUGUCUUCGGCCAGCACAACUACGAUAAGUUGCAGGAUAAUCUUCAUCAGCAGCAAGUGGAUUACUACCAGCAAAUUCACUCCUACGAUCUUCCAGGGAUGAAUACAACAACCGAUGUUGUAUCAAACCGCAAACUGACCGCGAAUCCUUUGCUGAAUUCCGCCGGCUACAGCAAAACGUUUUUGAAAUUGAAAAAGUCCAACGUUCAGUCAUUAGAUUUCAAACUAAAACACGCGUUGGAAAAGAACAAGAUCUUAUCAAAUGCAAAAAUGUCUGGGUCUGGAAGAUUGCGAGACUUGUCGUGCUUGUCUGGCAUGACCAAAAAGUUUGUGAUGCGUGUCCAAGAAGAGACCCUUUUGCCUGUCAUGCAAAAAAGCAGUUUGUCAUGCGAAAAACGCAACACAAAAAAGCGCAGAUAUUUCUCAUGCUUGGCUGUGCAUUACAGAGCAUUCACUAUUUCCAACGCAGCAUUACAAGUUUCCAGACCCAGACAUUUUUGCAAUCCAUAGAUCUCCGUUUCCGACUACCGCCGGUUCCGCGCCUUCGCUAGUCGCGGCGGGUUGAAGUUGAAUAUGAGAGUGCACAACUCGUCCCCCUCCCCCUCAUUUGUAUGGCAUGAACAGCAAUACAGCCACCAGCUCAAAUAGAGCCUGCGCAUGACAAGUUGAUGCGCCUAGCGUCGUGCUGUUUGAGCUCCCAAGAUUUGUCAUGCAAACCGUGCCGCAUCGACAUCGCAACGAUAGGACUUCGGAUUUUGCAUUACAAACGAGGCGGAGGGGGAGUUGUGCACUGUCAUAUUGAAGCAGCGGCCGGCGUACGAGGUCGCGAUGAUUGAGAAAUUGAACGGCGGAAAUGGCGGGAAAACACCCUUUGCGAGCGGGAAAAUGAAUCAUGAUGACAGUUACCGAAAUGGAACGAAUUCCUAUUCCUCCUCCCUUGACACCAGAAGGCCGAACACAACGCCGGGGAAUUGGAUGAGUGCCGGCGGAGGGAAUAGGAAGAAGAAAGAACCAAAUCUUAGUCUCAAUUCCCGGUCACUGCAAGCCGAGAGUCAGGCGACGGAUUUGGUCGGGUUUGAGGAAGAGUUCAUGCUACCCCCGCACUUGCUACCCGAAUUCGCCGCGGAUCAAAAUGUAGGAGGAACUGCAACAGAAAUAACGCGGCUAACCAGGUCGCCAGACAACGCCAUGACGGUGACAAUUUCCCCAACGGACGCGGAGAUUUUGGAUGUCGAGGUGAAUAGUAGGCCGCACACCACGCCGGGAGUUGCGAUGACAGGAGGAACAGCUCUAUCAAAAGGAAAAAUCCCCCCUCCCCAUAUCAAAACGAAAUUUCUGAUGCUGGAUCUGAGUACACAAAUCAGAUUUGUAUUGCAGGAAAGCAUUGCGGUCAGAUCCCCGGGCUAGGUAGGGGCGUAUGGGUCUAGUAUUUCAGCAUGGCAAACGUCCCCCCUUUGGGCCCAACAGCAUGACAAAUCGCUUUCAUAAUGGGGCGGAAGCUUCUGCCCUUGUCUUCUUGCAAGACAGAUGUGAUUUGUGACCUCAAAUGCGCUACACAAAUUUUUGGAAACAUACCUUUUCAAUAUGGGGAGGGGAGAUUUUUCCUCUCAAUAAGCUCCUGGUCGCCGAGGUUUGUUGCCACCACUGAAUCUAGACCAUGCAGUAGCAGAUGAUCAACAAAUAGUUUCUUCAAGUAACCAGCAGGACGAUGAAGCGAAAGGAGCUACAGUGGCUGGUUGUGAUGCUGAAAAGCUAGUAGCACAAGGGGAACAACACCAGCAGUAUGACGAUGACCACUUUCCACCGCCGGAUGACUACGAUGUGGCGAUGGCGAUCGCGGGGGAAAGUUGA